CUGCUGCUUUAGAAAAAUGCUCUUGCGUUUGUCUAUGGUCUCUACCUUGAGGAACAAGAACAAAAGUGGAAAGAUAGAGUUGAUAAGGAUGAAAAGCUGGAUGUGGUGUGUAACCUGUAUCACCAGGAGAGCAUGGAUGAUGAUGAAUUCUUUGAUGAUGGAACUGCAGAAAAUGAAGACGGAGUAUCUCCUAGGGAGGUGGGCCAUAACAUAUACAUCCUUUGCCAUCAGUUGGCCAAACACAAUAAGGACCUGGAAGACUUACUUUCUAAAACAGGGAAUGACAAGUACACCAAAGCGCUGCGGCACUACAAAGAGAACACCGCACAGAUUGAGAUUGUUAGAAGUGACAGGACAAUGGAGCAAAUUGUUUUCCCAAUCCCAGAAAUUUGCAAAUACCUGACAAAUGAAACAAAGAUCAGGGUUUACAACACUGCUGAGCGUGAUGAGCAAGCUUCAAAAGUUCCUGACUUCUUUGAGAAAUGUGAAGAAAUGUUCAGGGAGAUGCAGUGGCAGAAAAAGCUGAAGAGCCAAGCGGUGUUAUCAACCAUAAGCAACUAUAUGUCUCUGUGGGGGAGGUUGCUGUUCAUUUUAGCUGUAGUCAUCAAUCUCAUCGUAGCAUUCUUCUAUCCGUAUACUAGUCAGUUGCCAAAUGUUAAUAGCCAUGUGAACGGCCUGUUGUGGGUAGUUUUGCUGAUAGCCCUUGCCAUUGUCGUAACUUUACCAAAAAAAGUAUUUAUGUACAUCCUAGGUUUCUUAUCAAUAAUGAGAGUGAUAUUCUCUUUUGGACCUGAACCGGCACUAUGGUUACUGGGGAGUGCAAACGUGUUGAUAAAAGGUGUUCACUUAGUGAGUAUAAUGGGGAAUAAAGGAACAUUUGCCAAGAGCCUCAAGCAGAAAGUAACAGAUGGAGAGCUGUCGUAUCACAUGGUUUACCUGGUCUUUUGUGUCCUGGGCCUGUCUGUGCACCCAUUCUGUUAUUCAGUAUUGCUGUUUGAUGUAGUCUACAGAGAGGAGACACUGCUAAAUGUGAUGAGGUCUGUCACACGCAAUGGCUGGUCUAUCAUCUUGACUGCAGCACUUGCUCUCAUCUUAGUGUACUUAUUCUCCAUCAUUGGCUACACAUUCUUCAAUAAUGACUUUAUAGUGGAUGUUACAGAGAGUGUUGUGAACUGGGACACAAUAAAAAUGGACAUUGAUGAAAGAGUCCAGGAGUAUGUGACCAAUCAGUUGAAGCCACUUUCAGUUGAAGACACAUGCGAAAUUGGUGUAGAUUGCACUGAUGAUGAGGCAAAGAGUUUUGCAAAGGAUGUAGCAACAGAAGUUAUUGCAUCGCUGGAAGACAAGUCAAAACUGUUGGUAGAAGUGGGUGACAUGAAGGAAAAUGCUUGCUCAUCCCUCCUCAUGUGCAUUGUCACAACGCUGAAUCAUGGACUGCGAAGUGGUGGAGGCAUUGGUGACAUUCUCCGGCCACCUUCAACUGCUGAAAACUACUUUGUGCCACGAGUCAUUUACGAUCUCCUGUUCUUCUUCAUUGUGAUCAUUAUUGUGUUGAACCUCAUCUUUGGUGUGAUUAUUGACACAUUUGCGGAUCUCAGGAGUGAGAAGCAGAAUUCUGAAGAGAUUUUGAAAAACUCAUGCUUCAUUUGUGGUCUGAAGCGUGCAAGUUUUGACAAUAAGGCAGUGAACUUUGAGGAUCACAUAAAGCGAGAACACAACAUGUGGCAUUACCUAUACUUCUACGUACAGGUUAAUGUUAAAGAUCCUACGGAGUUCACUGGUCCAGAAAGUUAUGUUUAUACUCUUGUCAGGGAGAAAGACUUGAACUGGUUCCCACGAAUGCGUGCCAUGUCUCUCAGCAUUGGAGAAACCGAAGGAGAAGUCAAUGAUGUCCGCUGUCUCAGCCUGAAACUAGAUCUCCUAAAAUCAUUAGUUGACAACCUCAUCUCACAACUUACAGAACUGAAGGAUGCGAUGACAAAGCAGCAGAAGUAUCGCAGUCGAAGAGAAAUCCUGAGCACAACAAGCAACUACACCCAGCAGUAUGCAGCCCCUGCUGGGCCUAUGGAUCUCAUACAACAGUACCAGGCAACCUGACCAGAAUAUUACUAACGAAUGAAUUAAUGCAACAAAUAGACAGGCCAUUUGUGUUUAUGUAUAUAUGAUAAUAGAUUUUUUUCUUUUUUUUCAUGCUAAAUGUUCUCUGAAGUAUGAUACCUUUUUAAAACCUUUUCAGCAUCCUAUUUUUGUCAUAAUGAUUGGUAAUUGUCAGUCAUUAGAAUAUUCAGUGGGAAAAGAAUAUAUAGGUGCUUUAAUUCUAAUUAUUCUAAAGGAUUAUCAAUGUGUUCACAACAUGGAUAUUUAAAUGACUAUCUCUGCAUUUAUAAAUGUACAUAGCUGUUGGUGUAUAAUGCAUCCAUUUUCACCUGUAUUUUGUUAUAUAAGGGUUUGCAAAUAGAGUACUCCAUGCAUGUUGUAGGUUGAAACUACCAGAGUGAAAGAAUGUGUUUUUAGGUCAAUAGUUAUAUCUAAAACUUCUAGUCUCCCCUUCAUUCCAGUGACAUGUUUUUUUUUAUGGAUUAAGUAUGAAAAAUGGAUAUUUGUGUAAAAUAUGAAAUCUGUGUAUAUGUAAUGUAGCUUUUGUUCAUCCAUACACUAAGAAAAAGCUGCAGAUAAGUGCAACAGUUUAAGUAAUAGGCACCAAAUAAUUGCUUAAAAAUUGUUGUUCUGUGUAGUGACGUGCCAGUAACUUUACUGGAAAGUUAUUGUGCAAUCAGAUUUUACAUCACAUAAAAUUAUAAAAGAAUAACACUUGUUUAUUGCCAAGGGUGCUGUGACAUGCUCAUUCCUGCAGAUCUUCAUGUUCAUCCUGCUCUGCACUGAGAAAUAAUGAAAAUGAAUGAAAUUUUCCUUCAUAUAAUUCUUAAGGUAUUAAUAAACUAUUGUUAUUGUGGCUCAAACCUUUUAAGAUAUUUUUACUUGUAAUUGUAACUGUUAUGCAUGUAAGAUCUCACUGCACCACACCUACUACACUGAUGAAAGUAUUACCCUUCAUUUUUUUAUAUAAACAAAACCACUUAAAAGUGAGGCCUGAUUAUUCUCAUGUUGUGGCAUCAAAUUUAAACUGAUGUAAUUCAUUUGUUAGUAAUGUGCACAUUUGUCAGGUCAGCAAUAUAUGUAAAUAUUAUUUAUCUACUUGUAAGCUGUUGAUAGAUUUAAUAUGUAAUAAUUCCUCUUACAUAUAUGUCAGUUAUUUUAGUGUUCUCUCUAGAGAUAUGCCAUUGUUGUUAUAAUCAUCAAAUUUUACUGCUUUAUGUCUUGGCACAUAAAUUAACCCUAGCCCUUCCCACCCCAGUUAAAACACAAUAAUACUAGUAAUAUAGUAUCCACUUGAUAUGCUGUUUAAUCUUAGUGUACUGAAUUUUGAAUUGAAAAAAAAAAAACUGUGAUACAAUGCAAUACACCAAGUAACAUAGAAAAAAGGCUCUCAUCAGGAAGCUUACAUGGCCAGAAUCAAGUUUCAUUAUUUUUUACUUAGCUUUGUAAAUCAACUUUAAAAAGUUCAGAUGAGCUUCACCCACACGUGAUUACAUGUAAUCAUUCCAGAUACACUUAAUGGGAUGUAUAAUUCUAGUGCUAGUGAUUCCUAUGGAAGGCAUCCCUGAAACAUUUCUUGUAGCAUGUUGCCCAUAUUGCUUAGAAAUGGAUUCACCUGAUGAGCAUACAUCCCCAUUUAACCCUGCUUAGUGAUUAUUUGCAUAUCAAUCUAGUUAUUUAAAAUCGUAUGACAAUUAUUGAACUGUCAGUAAAAGUAAGUGCCAUAAUAGAAAUUGGAAAUACAACCAGAUGGUGUGGAAACCAGUAAUUUAGUAAUCUUUGUAUGUGUCUGUAUAUGUUAACAUGGCUUGUUAAAAACACUUUGUCCAGUCUGCCAAUGCUGAAACACCAAGCAUCAUUAAUUUUUUCAUACUUGUACUUGAUAUGUUGAAAUCUGUCUUUAAGAAGCAUGUUUAAUACUUUACAGGUACCUUUGACAACAGCAAGAAUGGACAAUUGUGUAUCCUGUAGGAGUAAAUAGUAUCAUCAUACCUCAGAAUGUUUUCUGUACACAUAUUUGUAACCUCUUAUAUUCUAAAUUGUUAGAAACAUCUAAAUGAAAUACAAAAUGCACUAAACUAAAAGAUGUGUUAGGAUAUUUUCACCUCAGUAUGUGGUAUUUAGAUGUCAAAAAAUAAUAAAAGUGUAAUCUAGGAAUUUUGACUAUUAUAUUCUGAAAAGUCCAUCAAAGAAAAAAAAAAAGUUGCUUCCUCUUAGUUCCCUUAUAGUUACUGAAUAUUUAAGGUUGUAGCUGUAUGUGACUGUACAUUCAGAUUAGCAUAUUUAUUUGAAUCUAAUAGAUUUGUUGAUAUUGUAAUUUAAUGUUUCUUAAUUUAAUGUUUCUUACAAGUUAAGUAAAUGUUUCUGGAGAUGGAAGUAGGCACUGUGCUUAGGUAUUUCUUUUUUCCUAAUUUUAGCUGAAAACUUGUUGGUAAUGUAUUUGUUAAUGUUAUUGUAAGAAUAAUUCAUUAACUCCAUUUAAAAUAUACUUGGUAGAGAAAUCAGUAAUGAUGACAGACCCAACUGUAAUUGUUAGGGCAUUGAUGUAGAACUCUCACACUUGUAUUAAAACCUACUUUUGAUGUUCAUCAGUAGCUGAUGUAGGGGAAGUGUAACACAAAGGAAAGAAAGUUAUGGAUUUCUUCUUUAUUGUCUUUUGUGAAUUGUAUUCAUACAAAAUUGUUCAUGAAAGUUCUAUCUGUUUAUCAAGGUGUUAAGUUUUCACUUUUAUCCACUUCUGACUAAAUUGUCAUAUACCAAAAUAUAACAUCAAUAAAUGCUUGAAGAGAUAAUUAAAGACUAUCUACUGGAACCUAAAACGGUCUUUGGUAAUAUUACUAACACAAUUUCUGGUCUCAUUAUCUGUACAAAGCACACAAUUUUUCUCCUUUUGUUUUUCUCUUCUUGAUAUGGUAGCACUGACUGAAACCUCAAAGGCUUGCAGAUGGAGUCGAUGUAACUUCCAGACCAAGGGACUGCAUUAUGAAACAGUAGAUGUCUGUAUGCUCCUCAAUCUGUCAAAACAAUGUUUAUAUCAUGUUCACAAACUACUGAAUGGGGAAUAUAUGCUCAUGAAAAUUUUUAGGAGCAGUUACUUCCUAUCCAGCACACCUUAUUUCUUUUAUCCUGCAUUACUAGUCUCUAUUACUCAUACUCUUCAAUUGUCCCUAGCCUCUUUAUCAUGACUCUAAAACUUAAACUUGCAUACAAUCUGAAAGUAUACUAUUGCAUCCUUACACUUUUGUGUUCUAGCAAGAGAGAGAGGGGG